AUGCUCGUACAUCGCGCUUGCGUCGUCAUCCGUCUCCGCAUCACCAGCGUGCCUCCUUUGCUGGAUGUUACGUACUACCCACCCAUCGUGGUCGAGGAGAAGAAGUCGGUCUCUUCUAAAAGGCAUGCUCGUCGCCUCCUGACGAUCCGACGACUCUUCCUUGUUUCCCCUUUCAAACCUGGGCUAAUUAAUUCGACAUCCCUACGAUUUCCGCGUCAGUUAUAUCAGAGGUAUAUCAUCUCACGCCAUCACCUAAAGUCUCCUAAGCUUCCCGCUUCCCCCGCUCGCCAUUCAACCCCUCCCGAGCCUCAUACCAUGGCCGCCGCGACAGAACUCAGCCACCAUUUCCCCAGGACUGACGAUGUCGAGACGGCAUCCGUCCACUCCGAAGCCCCAUCUUAUGUGUCCGAGGCACCUUCCUACCACACUGUCGCUUCCCAACAUGAGCCCAUCCCUCCCUACACCCCUCCAGGGACAACCACCACGAGUCACAGUACCAGCAUAGUCCAGCCCGGAGCAUCAACCGCUACUUCAGGCCAAACCUCUGCACCUGCCCGCACACCCCCCUCGUCUUCCCGGCCACGGACAACAGGCCUCCCUCCCAUACCACCCCGAAGCUCCGCAGUCCCUCAACUAGACCAGUUUCGCAUCCCAACCUGGUCCCCAAUCCAUUCGAACCCAACAUAUCACAAUGUAGCACGCCGCCGUGCCCGCGGAGACGCCAACGAUCCUGUCGCGUCCCUUCGCCGUUCGAUUUUCCUCGAGCGCGUAGCUGAAGACGAGGAUCGUCUUUCUUCUUCCUCCUCCUCCUCCUGCUCCUCUUCGUCAUCCCCGUCUUCUUCCUCAAGCCAUGCUCGACCCGGCUCCUCGUCGACAUCCUCGGCAUCGACACCCCGUCGUCCGCUUGAAGAUCCCCAUCUCGUGGGCGAGGCUGCUGCGGCGGAAGCAAGACGCGUCAGACUCGCCCGCGAGAGAGGGAACGAGAUCCUCAUACAAGAGGAUCGUCAAUGGAACUGGUUCAUCGCCCAGAUGGGAGACUGGGAUGAGCGGGAUCGCAGCUGGACUCGGUUCCGACGGGAGAUCGAAUCGGGACAGCGGACAAAGCUUUCUCGCCGACUCGCAGGAAAUUGAAUUGCGGCAGCGGAAGAAGUUCCUUGCCUUUCGAGCGAUGGAUCCUCUUUUCUCGCGCUGGCGUGGGAUCACUGUCGUUUGUGCUCUUUAUUAUCAUUAUGGGGAGGUGUCUUGGUGAAGAAUGAACCCAGCAACAGAACCCAAGGCUUUUGGUAGGGCAUCACUGGGACAGCAAUUUGCAGCUAUAGUUUUAGGUAGCUUAGCAUAGUGGGAAACUCAUCUGGGGCCGAAAACGAUACCCCUCCGAAG